AUGACGAGAGCGAAGAUGGCGAUAGACCCGCGGGAGCUGGACGGAGUAGAGGUGAUGGUGAUGGAGGUGAAAGAGGUGGAGGCACUGGCGGGCAAGGAAGCGUCGCACUCCAUAUCACGCAUACUGAAGCACGCAGCUGAACGACAUGGCAGGCACGUUGCGAGGCUUCAUGACGAGGUCAGCACCUUGGCCGCAUCGCUGCUCAUUUCGAGGAGACACAACGAGAGCCUGAAGAGAUCAUUCCUUGCGAUCAUAAGCGCCUUGCUGGACAUCGUUGCUGCCACUGCUCAAGUCAUCCGAGAUGUAAGCACGGAAAUUGAUCCAUCUUCAAACAAUGCUCAGAAUUCAGUUCCGCGCGGCAUGUGCAUGUCCUGCCGCGCAGGAGCGUAUCGUGAAGAGAUGCUAUUAGAGAAGAUUGCACAAUUACAAGCAGCAAGUGAGUUGCAUGAAAGCGAAAUUGCGGUACAAAUGUCUUGCCUUCAGGAUCUGUGGGAUCAGACACAAACGCAUGAUGAAAGAUUUGUUUCUUCGUCCAUUUCGACGCCAGCCGAUACCGUAUCACAUGGAAACUUGAAUAGACAGGACCACUUAUCAAGAUGCGAAAAUGAUUCUUACAACCGAGUUUCACAUUCCAACGAGCGAAGUCAUGAAGUAACCAAAGAUAGAAAACUGUCUGAUCUUGAUGAGAUGCUGUCCAAUCAGUGUCCGGAUGCCUCUGCUGUGUCUUACAAGAUUUCUGCAAGCAAGAUUUCUAUCUUCGAGGAGCUGAUCUCACCAAUGAAAGAAGAAGCAGAUCGCUCACACAUGAAAGAAACUAAGCAGGAAUUGUCUGUGGACGUCGGAAGAUCUCCCCUCAGAUCUUCCAUGUUACAACAAGGGGGUGCGAGUGGCAGGGUUAUGCAGCGGAGCUCCAGCAUCAGGCUGAUACCACUUGAGGAUGAAUCGGCAGCGGCAUGGUCAGUGACGACAGGGCAUGACGAGACGAAGCGCGGCUCGUCACGCACGUCCUCGUGGGCAAACAUGGAUCAAGUAGAGAAUCAACUGGCUAUCAUCUUCUCUACGUCCCAGGCUGUUCUCGAAGCUUCAAUCCACAGCGGCGAGAAUGAACCAACAUUCCAACACAGCUGA